GAGGUCCGCAAACGCUGACAAAUUCAUUCUUUUUAUUUUCUUCUCACUUAGGCAGAAUCCAACCCGACGGCUUGCCAUUUGGUUCCUACUUGAACAGAGCUUGGGUAACUCUGGAAUAAUAAAGCAGAAAGGGGGAGACGGAGGUGGGUCUCUUGCAGGUGGAGACAUCGCUGUCAUUAUUGAUAACUCCGUCAAAUCCAUCAAAUGCAGUCAAAAUAAAAUCAAGUCUGGCGAAAAAACAACUAAAUAUUCGUUAAAGUGCCAAAAACGCCCCUUUUACUUUGUAUCAGUUUUAUAUAAUUUAAUUUAGCCUACAAACUGUCCGGACUCCGGAGAUCAAGAACUACAGCUUCCCUGUUGAAUAAAAAAUAAUCCCAUCGUUCCUCACGAACAGAAAGAGAAAGCAAAAGAUAUAACUCCGGGAAGUUGAUUUGAAAAGCUGUAUCAUUGCUUAGCUUGCUCGGUGUCGUGGACUAGCUAGACACGCUAACGUGAACAUCUACUUGAUAUGACAAAUUGUAAACCGUUUUCACAUAAUUAGUUAUUUCUUAGGCUAACGCGCAGAGAUGUCUCGGGGUACGAAUGCUGGGUUCGAUCGUCAUAUUACAAUAUUCUCACCAGAGGGCCGUCUUUACCAAGUCGAAUAUGCCUUCAAAGCUAUCGCACAGAGUGGCCUGACGUCAGUGGGGAUCCGAGGCAAGGAUUGUGCCAUUGUGGUUACGCAGAAGAAAGUACCGGACAAGCUCCUGGACCCAUCCACAGUGACCAACAUGUUCCCACUCACUCCCCGCAUAGGGUGUGUCAUGACUGGACAGUAUGCGGACAGUCGCUCACAGGUGCACCGGGCGCGGGUGGAGGCCGCCGAGUGGAAGUACAAGUUCGGCUAUGACAUCACAGCGGACAUGUUGUGUCGGCGUUUGGCGGACAUAUCACAGGUCUACACGCAGAACGCCGAGAUGAGGCCGCUGGGAUGCUGUAUGAUCCUGGUUGCCAUGGACCCCCAGAAGGGUCCGGUGCUGUACAAGUGUGACCCAGCCGGCUACUACUGUGGUUUCAGGGCCACUGGGGUCGGGGCCAAGCAGCAGGAGGCCAACAGCUACCUGGAGAAGAAGCUCAAGAAGAGGCCAGAACUGACGUACGAGAGGAGUGUGGAGAUGGCCAUCUGCUGUUUGUCCUCAAUCCUCUCUAUGGACUUCAAGUCUACUGAGCUAGAAGUGGGUGUGGUCACCAAAGACAUUCCUAAGUUCAGGACACUCACUGAGGCGGAGAUUGAGACCCAUCUGACGGCCAUUGCAGAGAGAGAAUGAGCUGACCUUCACCCAUAGUAGACACUAGACCAGCAGACAGGCGCGGCUGGACAUGGCUGGACUCAUCAGGACACACAGAAACACACACACACACUCAAAAACACACUCACUCACACACACACACACACACACACACACACACACACACAAAGACACACACAGGGUGUGUUUUAGUACAACUAUGUUACCUUUAGUCGCAGACAGGAUGAGCAUGAUGAGGUAGAGGGGUUUAUGCUCAAUGUCUGUUAUGCUCAAUAAUAACACACUGUUGGUGUAGAUGCCCUGUUUCCUUCCUGUUUAUGUUCAUUUAUACUGAACAGAUGAUAAGUCUGUCACCAGCAAAUGCCUUGUCAGUCACAGCCCCAGAUUAACAUUGCCUUUUCACCAAACUGCAGUGCUUUUCAAUAAAAUAUCAAAAGUAAAUGCA